AUGGACACUGAGGCGUUGUCAUCUAUCUGUGGGAGCCUGGGGUACCGGCGUGAGGAUGACGAUGGAACUCUGCUGGGAUACGUAAAAGGAGAAUACUGCAUGGGUAGGCACCCAAAAUCUCCGUACCUUGCUGUUAUAUUAAGGCGUGUAGGACCAGAGGUUUGAUUAAUGCCUUUCCCUCGAUCUCGACAGAUAAUCUGAAAGAUCUCCAAAGGUUCCUGCGUCGUGAUGAUCCGCACACUCGGGAGGUUUUCAAGCAGACUUGCAAGUGGAAUGUAGUUUCUCGCGAUCUGAUUCCCCUCAUGGAGAAUUACCAGAAUGAUCGCAAUCUGCUCAUCAAUGGCGGUAAUCGUUUUUCUUUGCUCACCAUUCUAUAGAAUUGGCAAAAUUCGCUGAGGGAAGUCGUCCCUCUCUGAAGCUGUGAUAUACUUUUAGAGAUACGUAGAAAUUGCAAAACUAUGAUUUAAUGCGGAUAUCCUUAUUUCCUGUUCUUUUGUACAGUAAAGGUUCUGGUGUUUCUCACAAUGCCCAUUGAUCCAGCCUCCGACAGCAUAGCUCAGCAAAUUGAGUAUCUGUGGCAUAUAAAGGCCGUGAUAACUCGCCAUGUCAUAGUUGGAGUUAUAGUUGCCCUUCUCGAAGAUCCCUUGGACCAUUUAGAGAGGUAAGUGCCAUUCUAUGGACUAUAUCCUUUUUUUUCUUCCCAUCACAAGUAUUUCAAAUAUUUGAGCUGAAUUCUUUUCAUGUUGAAUAUUUUAUCCGCCAUCUGUACUGCUUUCAAAUUUCUGAAUCUAUGAAACUGUGGUUUUCUAAACUAGAAUUAAAAUGGUAGAUUUUCCCGGGUUUCAACUACAAGUUAGUCUUCAGCUACGACUCUGCAUUGAAUAAAGAAGAUCCACCCCCUUGUCAGUUCUAUUAUUCUCAUUUGAUUUUACCCAUUUGUUCGAUGUAAUUCAAUGAUUUUCACGAUUUAAGAUAAGUGCUAAUUUUGCACACGGGCAUUCAACCCCGAGAAUCGCUACAUCAUGUGGAUAGAUGGAGUUGUUUAAUUUUUUUUGUUUUAAUUAUAGUGUCAACGUGAAAAUUCACAUUUCCUUGACAAAUGUCUAAUCUCUACCAGAAAUAUAUUCACUGAAGAUGACUGGAUGCUGGUCCAAUUAGUGCUUACCUUCUUCCGGAACGUUUUGGCUAUUCAAGAUAUUCUGUCACAGCACAAGGCAUCGGGAUCAUCAACUCACUUUCUUCACUUGAGAGAUACAUUUCUGGAGAUCCUAUUUCAAGAGAAUGUUAUGGAUCUGAUUUUAGUUUUGACUCAUCAUCUUAAUAGCUCAUGCCAUCUCCGCCAAGAUAAUAUGCUUUUCUUGGAGGUAUUUCAUUACGUUUUUCAGGGACAUGACCCAAAGUUGAUUGCUGAAUCAUCUCGGGAGCAAUCUGAGGUCUGAUCCGUCACAUUUUAUCGUCCUUAAAAAUUUCCUCAAUGUUUAUCGCUUUUGUAACAAACAUAAACUGGAAAUGCGAGAAAAUUUAUUUCCGUUAUACAUGUAUCCCUUUUCAAGUGAUUGCGCUGACUUAUCAUGUCAUGCUGUUUGCCACGUUAUAUGUAAUAGGGAUUUAUAUUUAUGUGUAAUCAUACAAGUAUCAAAAGUUGCAUUUUAUUACAACGGAGUCCCUUAGACCAAAGUCUUCAUUACAGGAUGCUGUUAUUGAAACAUCCCUAAAUUCUCUGAAGUACAUUAUGGAAGAGGAGCAACAGAAAACAAAACUUGUCAAGCUCAGGAAUUCAGCUAUCUGCUCACGAUUCAGUGGGACAUUUACUCGCCUCACCAUGGUAUACAUAUAUUCUUAUCCCUCGGAAUUUCUUGAAGGAUCAUCUGAUCCAGGCUGUGGUUGACAUAUCACGAGUUGUCUAAAAAACUUUCCUGUAGUUUUUAGGUGAUUGGUUUGGCCUUUUCUUAACAAAAUGAUCCUGAGUGGUUUAUAUUUAAUGUUAGCUUCUGUUUUCUUUUUUCCUCGGAUCCUUUAAUUAGAUUCUAAACACUGGUAUUUGCAUGGAAUAAUGAGAGAGGAUACUUCGUGGAGUGAGAGGAGACAAGAGUAGGUGGACCCCACCACUUCCAAUUCCCUGCGUUCAUGGAUGUCAUGCCCUCAGAUUUAGUCUUCAUCUUACCGUCACUUUUUCCUCUAAGUUCUUUGCAUUUUACAUUUUUUUUAGCCUUUUCAAUGGCCAAUUCCCUAUUGCUUUACAUGAAUGACACGUGAUGGUAGAAAAUUUAAAAAUUUGGGUCUGGUUCCAAAUGUUGUAGAGUUUUUUGGGUGCACGUAAUGAUUGUCUUUGAUCUCAAUUUUCGCCGUUUUGUUAAUUUUAUUAGGAUGGGUCGAGGACAUUAUGUAAGGGUGAUCCAACAACUGCUUCUGGAAAUAGCUUGCUGCAGACUCCACAGGUCCAACGAGGUCCCUUGAAAAAGAUUGCGUGGGAUAAAGGGAACUUGGUUGCAACAAGGAGCAAAAUUUCAUCAUUACUGCGUAAUUUCUUGGAUCAAUUCUUAACAGGAGCAUACAACGGUUAGAUUCCCAAUGAAAAUGAUCUCAUUCCUGUUCUCACCGUAUCAUUUUUCAUACUUCUGACGCUUAUCAUCAUUUGGUCCGAUGCUUUUUCAGUGUUGAUGCAAUCUGCUUGUGAGGAUAUUGAAAAAGAUCAACACGAAAUCCAGACUAGUGAUAUUAUAAUCUUUUACCACGUUGCUUAUUUUGUUACGAAUUUUCAACAUCACCGCCUUUCAGUCUGGAAGGUAAAGAAGCGGAGAAAUCACUUAUUCUUAUAAGAUCCCCAGUAUUUUAUUGACACUCACUUCUAGUCAACCAUAUCUAGACUCAUUAGUUUUGUUUAUGGAUCUAUUUCGCUUUCCAAAUCACUGGAAGUUGGUCGAUACAGAAUUUUUUGCUUAUGGCACAAGGUAAGGAUUUUUUAUUUGAAAAGGAAAGAAUGAGAAGGUUAAAUGAAUAAUUUUUUUCAUUUGAAUACUGCGGAAAUCCCAGCGGUUUGGAAAUUUUUUGAGGGGUUUGGAUGUCUCUGGCCCCAAGUCUGCCUCUGAUAGGGUUCUUGAAGUAGCAUUACUUUUUGGUUUCAUGAUAUUCAUCUUAUGCAUUUCAAUUUUCUUACUUUUGGUGUCAUUUCCGAAAGUAAGUAGGUCUUACAUAAUCUUUAGUGUUAAUGUUCAUUAAAACUUUAAAAUCCUCCUGCGUUUCUGGCUUUUUUGUUGCCCCCUCCUUUUCUCUUACUUUUGGUAUGCGUAGUCUGUCAUUAAGAAGAGGAUAGGCUCCGACACUUGGAAACAGAACCAAGUAAAGAAGUCUAGUGCUCAACCCUUUAAUCCCCUCAUUAAACAGGACUUAAGAUCAUCUGCAGCUAGUACUAGUCUUAAAUAUUUUAAUUUCUCCUUUUUAGUGAAAAUUUCUAUGAGUAAUUAUUUGUGUUUAGUUUGAAGUAGUUCGUGAGUCACAUCACGAACAUGGGCCUAAUCUGACAACCCGAGGCGACCACAUAGCAUUUGUUUGAAUUGUCCCUGCUAGCAUGAUUUUUCAUAAUUUUUAAAGUUAGGAACAAUGAACACUAAAAAGGAUUACUGUAGCCUGUGCCUAUAUGGAAGCAGCGUCUCAGUCUAAAAAUGCUAUGUCAUGAUGCAUAAUCUAAAAAUAAUCUCUAUUGUAAUAUUUCCGUUGACCACAUAAUGGGUGACUGUCGUUAUUUUUGAGAUAAUAAUUUCUUUAGUGUGGCAAUGUUCACGGUUUGCUUUCUUUUUAUUCCUUUACGUGGCAAAGUUUACUAUUUCAUUCAUCUUUUAGCUCAAGUUUUUGAAGCAGCUGACACGAUCAACAUGAUCUCAUUUUAUUUUUUGGAUUGUACAGCCUGAAUGUACUGACGUUCCUGAAGAAUUUCCGCUAAACACAGUAAAUGAUAAGUCGACAUUCCAUGGUGAUAUAUGUGGUCCAAUUUCUGCAACAAUGCAUGAGGCCAUGUUUUCCCUAGUCAUAACUAAGUGGCGUUAUGCUUUUGAGAGCUUGAAAGAGACAAAUGACUAUAAACUUUUAUCUUCAUCUGGUUCCAUCAUGAAAAGCAUGGUCAGUAAUUUUGUGAAUUUUCUUAUGUUUUGAAAUUCAUAAUACAAUAAUUUAACUCGUGAAACCUGUCUUGGAUGUUCUUUCUCCAGACCUGCUUAAUAUUUUUGGAAAUUGCGAAAACAAUAAUCAGGAAUCUUAGAGAGAACCUGGGUGUAGCCAGUUUACUCCAGUGUGGCCGUAGUACAAUCGUGAAACGCUCUCAUCUCUUGGUUUUGCAAAAACAAAAAUUUGUCACUCUUGUAUACCGUGGUUUUUAUUAUGCCAUGGUUUAGAAAACUGAAGUUCUUGCUGUGGUGUUACUUUUUUUAUCUUUCUUCAGGUCAUUUAUCCGCUAAUCUAAUCUUGUAUACUUUAUUUAUCAGUAAUAAGUGCGAUGUUACUAAACUGAUGCAUACUAAUCUGAAUCUGAUGAGCUAGAUCAACUUGCACGAACCAGAUCAAUUUUCUUGAAAGAGACACAAUUGCUCUUUCCCAUUCACUCUCUUCCUUUUCCUCUCUAUGUGUAGCCUUGAAACUCUGAUGUAUAUGAGAUAACUGUCUCAGUCCAUCUUGGAAUAUUCAUUGUUGCUGACCUAGAUGUGGAAAUGUUCUUUGAUCAAUUACCUCGUUGAUGCCGGGAUGCAUUUAUAAAUAAUUGGUGACAGCACUAAACCUUGCAGAAAUCUGCCAGUAAAUGGAAACCAAAGCAAAGCGGUAUUCUAAUUUGUCUUCUCAUAUUUUUGUUGGAUAUAUAUUCUUAUUUAAACUCUGAUAUAUAUGGAAGCGGUAUUUUUCAUGGUUUCUACUCAAAGAGAAUAUUAUGUUGACCCCAAGGACUGAUGGAUACUCUUCUCUCCUUCGGUAGAGCUAAUCUUUGUCCAACAUUUCAGCAUGUUGCAAGGUGAAGCAAUGCUAGGCUAUUGCUAAUGAUAACUUUUUUUGGCAUGUAUUAGAGAUAUUCUGACUUUAAGAUCUAUCUUCCGUCUCACCCUGUGCAAAUGAACUUGGUCUAAUGUAGAUAGUUUUUGCAGAUUUGCAUGCUAGAUUUGGUGUUGACAUUAUCACCAGAGGAUUCAAAAGAACAUCAGACGGCCCGUAUACUUCUCUAUAAAUUGUUCUAUGAUCAGACAGAUCAAGGAAUGACCUACUUCCUUUUGAAUCUCAUCAAAUGUUUUGACACACAUAAACAGCCAAAAAGGUGGGUUUUAUGAACUGCACUUGCAUCAUUGAAUUAAUGGGGCAUUGCUCUGUCCACAAGCCAGAUUUUGCUUUCGAACAUAUAUAAACCGAAUGAGGAAUAUGUGUGAGCUACCACUUGCAUAGUUUAUCUAGGUAUAGUCCUUCCAGAAAUUGAUUACCAUACUUUUAUACCUGCAUACUUGCAACCUUCUUUCGCCCAUUUGUCUGACAAUAACUUAAGUUUUCUUUAUUAAAAUAAUUUCGUUCCAAUUUUAAGCCUGAAAGUUGAAGAAUCGCAAAUCCGCGUUGAAUUUAAGAGUAAGCCCUCUUAAACUCGAUGGUAUUAUAAAUAAGCCUUUUUAUCACGGAAUGCUGCCCUGUUACUGGCUAACUUAGUUCAAGACUAAUUUGAAGUUACGCAGCGAGUAAAAGAGAAUUGUCACACAACAAAAGAGAAUAUACUGGGAGGUCUGCUGGGCUUUUGAGUCUCCACUUUUAAGGACCUGUAGGCUUGAGAUGGAUCCUCUGCACAUGAACGGUCAAGGUCAGUGUACUGUGUUGAAAAUUCCAAUGUGGAUGAAGGGUCUUUUGGUAGGUUGUUUUUAUGUUUUUCAAAAAUAUAACGUACUGUAAAAGGCAUUGGAGAUAAAUGAUGUAAAAAUAUUUAUUCUUUUAGCUGACGCCUCAACCCAAGGUCUUAUUCCUUAUAAUAAUAGAUUUCUGGGGGCUUGUUAUAAACCCAACAAAAAUUGUGAACUACUUAGUUUAAGGUGAUUUUCUCGGACGGGAUGUUAGGCGGCAGUUUCAAAUUUAAAUACCCAAAAAAGAAGAGGUAAUGAUAAAAUCCGCUUGCCUGGCGAUUGUCAUUUUCCUGUUCAAUUAAUGGCUGCCACCAUCAAUCAGUUUGCUUUUAAAUAGCAAAAGGUUUUAAGUUGAUGGUCCUAGUGUCGCCGUUCAUCCUCAUGAUUGGUUUUAGAUGACUUUAGAUCAUUUAUUCGUGUAAUCAGAUAAUUUUCAGGAUUUCGAGCUACUAGGUACUCUCAGAUUCAUAUAUUUUAGAUCAGCCUCUUGUUAAAACUUGUUUUUAACGUAUAAGGGCUGAUCGAAUCUUGCUCAUGAUUAUCUUAACGCAUAGAAACUAUGUAUGGUUUUCAGAUUGGAUUGCCAAUGUACAAGGGCCAGUGCAUUUCAUUUAGCUUUGUUCAUUAUUCUCUUCAUGCAUAGAAACACGUGUAUUGUUUUCGUCUUAGAUCUUCAAAGGACAUUUUCUAUGCACAUGGCGCUUAGGAAAAUAAAAGCCCCUUUUCAUAAUCAAUAUGGAGAAAGAGAAAAACAGUAGUGUAUCAAGAGAACGAAAAAUUGAGAUGUAAAGAUGACAUCCUUGGUGCAUAAAGGCAGAGAGUAGUAGUAAUUUGUCAAAAUUUGCUAUCUCAGUGUUUUCACAUUCACCUAUUCGUAUAUUCAAUAUCAUUAGUAGAUUUAUAGCACGAAUUAGAAUUAUAGUCAUUUAAUCCUUGCCAUUGAUUUUGAUACUUUCAAAAUUGAUCUUAUCCGAGUAGGAAUCCAUUUAUACAAAUACAAUUCUAAAGGGUCUCUUGAGAUUGAAAGGUACUUGUCUUUCUUACCGUUUCUGUGGUUGAGAUGGAUAUAUCAGAUUUUCAUGCAGGCGGAUGAUAUGUAGACUAUAAAGCAUAUUUAUUGAUGUUAAGGUGAUUUUUUGAGUCUGCAAAUCAUCGUUCUCUAAAUUAGUAACAUGCAGUUCUCGUGAUUUUCUACUUUUUAAAAGCAUAUAAUAUGGGCCAGAAAUCCUUUUGAAUAUGUAGGAUAUGCCUCCGCCGUUCUCAGUUUCUGAUUCCAUAAUUUAGAUUAAGUUAACAGUGACUCUUUGAUACAUGAUAUUUAUGAUGUUUUCAAUCCACACAAUGAUAGGAAGUGACCAAUAUUCCAGCAUCUUAUAAAAGAUCAAUAAAUCGUGUGAAACUUAGACGUUACCCAUUUGUCGCUGAUUAUUGUCAUCCACUCUUUUUUUAGCGAUCUUGCAGAUUUGGUGGAAAUAAUCCAUAGAUUUUUGGAGCUAAUGGAGAGGCUUCAACAGUGUGGUACACUAAGGGUAUACCUAAUUAUGUGUCUUCUCUUUUAAGUGAACAAGUCGAAAGAGGCUUUCAAAGAAAUGAUCGAGCACUUCACAUUUUUUUAAUUAAUUCGCAUGACCUUUCCAAUUUAGGUAUCUAAGAAGAAAAGGAAGGGGAAAAAAAGGAAAGCAUUAUUAGGAAACAAGCUUGCUGCGGAAAAAAGGCCAAACCAACUGCCUGAUAGUAUGGAUAAUGCUGAUGAUGUACGUUAUGAGAAUGUGAUGUCAUGUCCUGACAGUGCUAUGCGGAAAGAAGAAACUGACAGGGAUCCUCCCUCAACUGAGGAUCUUGACAUCCAUCACCCGGAUGGACCUAAUACUGCAGUAGAUUCAGAUUUAGGUCAUAAAAGAGUAAGAGAUGAUCCUGAUGACCAAAACUAUGUAACAGAAGAGGAUUCUGAUGAUGAUCAUCAGCCAGAAACGAAUGAGGUUGACCUAAGCGUAUCCAAUGUCCUCAUUAAUUUUGCAAACAAUGCCAUUAUUCAAAGGCUAUGCUGGCUACUGAGAUUCUACAAAAGUAACCCAGAAAAUGUUAACAAUUAUGUGAUAAAUAUGUUACAGCGUAUCUCUGAUGACUUGGAGCUUUCACCGAUGUUGUAUCAGGUAAAGUUCAUUACAAGAUGUUUUUUACUCUAGGAGCAGAGAAUAAACUGUAAUUGGUCUGCACUCCUAUCCUUGCAGCUAUCGGUGCUCACUAUAUUUUACAGCAUUUUGGUUGACCAAAAAUCAUCUAAAUGCAAGCAAUAUGCGAUUGUUUUUGGUUUUCUGACCAAAUUGGUGAGGAGGAUGUUCAAGAAAUUGAAAAAUCAGCCUCUUCUCUUUGUGGAGCUACUGUUGUGGAAGACUAGAAAAGAAUGCCACUGCAUUGAUGCAGAAGCAUUGCUACAUGACAUUCACAAUUUAAGAAAACAAAAAGGAAUUUCUGAUGAUGGACGAGCAGGUUCUAUAGCUGAAAUGGGAGUGGGACAUUCGAGAAGCAUAGCAGACUCUCUUGGAGAAGAUGAAGCUGAUAUUCUGACUUCACGUAACCUCUAUCAACACAAGUAAGAUAUGAAUUUCGGAUUAGCUGAUUUUUUAACAUAGUUUUAUGCUUAGCACAUCAUAAUCUGUCUGCGAAGUCCAUAACAACAUUUUCUGCGAGCAGUGCUGAGACAUUGGUCGGGAAUAUUCAAGCUGAUGUGAUCGAGAAUCAACGUGCGGUGUUAACAUCAACAGAAAACUUUGUAAAUAACACAGAGAAAAUUGAUAAUCAGAGGUAUUGUCGAAGCAUUACCAUUAUAGUUUCCUUACCUCGAUACUUAGAUUAUCGAUUGUCCAUUUAUUUCAAGUAAAGGGAAUUUGCUCAAAAUGACCACCUCUCAGGGAGAACUAGGGCAGAAAAAAUAUGUUCUUCAUUGGUCCACUAAAAGGGAGGCUCUUUCACUCGUUUAUUCCCUGUUUAUCGUAGGCAACUGUCAAUGACUCUGAUAUUUCACUUUUUCCUGAACUAAUAAGUUUCUAUGCGUCUCUCAUGUUUGAAAGAGAACAAUUGGAAAGUUGACUUAGCAAAAUUGUGUUGACUGACUUUGUAACAUGUGAUAAAGUACGUCUCCGAUCUCCAAUUUGUAUGAGUCAGUGCACAUAACGUCUCAUAACAACAUAUGGAGCUUUAUAUGUGGCUCAACCAAUCAUGAGAGCUUUUAGUCUUUAGAUCCAUGAAAACCUGAGUUGACUGGUGUAAAUGGGCUCGAGUCUGCUUGAUGCAGUGAACGAGGGCUUGACAAAACUCUUCUGCCAACCUGAAUUUUGCCAAAAAAUUGCUUUAAAUAUUUUAUAUGAUGCUCGUGAGUUUCUUAGGUUCGAAGCUGAUCCCCAAUGCGAUCGGCUUACUGAUGACGCCCAAGACUCCCAUAGAGAAGUAUCUCCAGUUCAAAUGUCUUCUAAGCUCAAGCAGUUCGGGGUCUCAACUGGAAGGAAAAGGAGAUCUAUCAGGAAGUCUUCGGUAGAUGAAGAUGAUCAAGUCAAUGGCAACUGCGACUCCGUCUCUCACAGUGGCACGAUGGGACCGGACGAUCCCUCUUCGUGAGUUCUCCUGAUUCCGGUUUCUUCCCUUCGAUGGUCUUCUGUUCAUAGUAAAAAUAAUUCCCUUUUUGCCAUUCCUGCCUCAAAUUCUCUAUCCUUGCGAGGCUCAUGUGGCUUUCUUUUAGUCAUUCUUCUGGCGUCGCUAUCAGUCAUCACAGGUCUCUUUUUUUUAAUGAAAUAUUUUUGCCCACCUUUAGAUCCUAUAUGGUUCUCUAUUAAUAAUCUGUUAUUCAACCUCUGCUAGUUUGAAACCCAUCCCAUGGUUCUUAUAACACCGUGAAUCACAAGUUUACUCUUGCGCGCUUGUUUUUUUUCUCAAACGGCUCGUCAAAUGUCGUGUUGAUUUUUCUUUUCAGCAAUGUAAGAAAAAGAAUACGCGCCUUCAGCAAAGAUCAGGAACAGAUUGUCAGAGACUUGUUUGACAAGUGAGUAUCCGAUUGCUGUUUCACUUCGGAUGCCUGGAUUUUAAAUAUUCCGUUCUUUUCUCCCCAAUCUGAAGCUGAAAGCCCUGACGAUGUUUUCCAGGUUCAAAGAUCAUAAGAGGUGUGCACACAUGAUCGCAAAUGCAUUGGAUCCGAGCGCAUACACUGCAGCCCAGGUAUCCCGUAAACUGAGGCAGCUUGGCCUCGCUCCUCAAGGGCGGAAGCCACGCAAAGGCUCAAAUGAUUCUGGAACUACGGAUUUAUGCGAAAAAGAAGAUGAAUCUGAAGAAGAAAUGCUCGCUACCUUGUUACAAAGGUACGUACAGCUCUCCCUGCUUCUCAAUCUUUUCUAGGUCCUUACGGAGGAUCGCUGUCCUCUGUAGUUCGUUUCUAUUUUUAGGUAAGGUCGAGCUCCAUUCGUGGAGAAAAAUCAAGUCUGUGAUGCUUUGUUUUAGGUUAUUUCUGUUUCGUUAUACUAAUUGCCCAACAUCUGUUGAUAAGUUUUGAGGGUCAUGUUUUCGCAGUCAGAUUGAUUUGCCUGGCUUAUGUUGUUCUAGUAUUAAUCUGUAAGCCAUACCGAUUAUCCUUUUUUUUCCCCAUGGAAAAGGUGCAAAGGCAAGAAGGGCAGGCCAAAACACGUGGAAACUGGAAGGCCUGAGGCUGCACCACCCCCGGAAGCCGGUUCUGACGGUGACCUCUCGGGCCCCAUGCUCAGGUGAGUCAACCCCAUCCGCGGUAGCCCAUUCAGGGUCACCAUUUUUCCUUAAACUUCGUGCUGAGCAUACGAUAAGUUAACCCCUAUGACCCCUCUUCUCUCGCUCGCUCCCCUUCCUGCAGAAGCGCCCGCGCAGAGCCUGUAACGACGGAAACAGCGGCCGUCGUUGGGGAUGUCGAUGAAGAUGAACCAGACGACGUCGCCCGGCGGGAGAAAAAGCACAAAAUCAGCAGUUGGGUGAUGGGCGGUGAGUUGGAAGAUUCAGGGGAUGAGCUGAGUUUCACCUCCCCCAGGAACAUCACCUCCAGGAGGAAGCUCAGAACAUUUAUCGACGGCGAGGCGGAUGAGUAG